CCUCGAGACACCAGCCUUCCUUGCAACUCUCCCACAGACUAAGCCAGAUGGUCUGCUCCAAGUCCAAACACCUGCAUGAAAAAGAAGAUUUCUUUUCCAGAGUUCUUCAUGUAUUGAGGAUUCAUUCAUUCAUAGAUUGGCCAUUUACUGAAUGCUGUCUGUAUAACAGGCACACUUCUAGGUGCUUGGGAUAUAGCAGUGAACAAAAGAGACAAACCCCCUGCUAUCAUGGUACUUACAUUGUUGUGGGCCAGAUAAUAAACAAGUUCUAUCUCCUCAGACCCUGUCCCUUCCCAGAGAGAAGAGGAGAUGACUGAGUCCCAGGAGGAGUGGAAGCAAUUGGAUCCUGCUCAGAGGAACCUGUAUCGGAAUGUAAUGCUAGAAAACUAUAACAACUUAAUCACAGUAGGCUGUCCAUUCACCAAACCUGAUGUAAUUUUCAAAUUGGAGCAAGAAGAAGAACCAUGGGUGCUAGAGGAAGAAGUAUUGAGGAGACACUGUCCAGGAGAAAUAUGGGGAAUUGAUGAGAAUCAGAAAAACCAGAACAGACUUUUGAGACAAGUUGAAGGUAAAUUCAAGAAAACACUGACUGAAGAAAAAGUCAAUAAAUGUCAUAAGAGAUUUGUAAAUGUAUUUCCUCUGAACUCAGAUUUUGUUCCUUCUGGACAGAAUCUCUAUGAAUAUAACUUAUUUGGAAAGUGUUUAGAACAUAAUUUUGACUGCUAUAAUGUGGAAUGCCUUAUAAGAAAGAAACAUUGUGAAUAUAUCGAACCUGUGAAAUCAUAUGGUAAUAGCUCAUCCGAUCUUGGAGUAACCCCAUUUAAGUGUAAUCAUUGUGGAAAAGGCUUCAAUCAAACAUUGGACCUCAUCAGACACCUGAGAAUUCAUACUGGAGAAAAGCUCUAUGAAUGUAAUAACUGUAGAAAAGCCUUCAGCCACAAGGAGAAACUCAUUAAACAUUAUCAAAUUCAUAGUCAGGAGCAGUCUUUUGAAUGUAAUGAAUGUGGGAAAGCUUUCAUUAAAAUGUCAAAUCUCAUUAGACAUCAAAGAAUUCAUACUGGAGAGAAACCAUAUUCAUGUAAGGAAUGUGGGAAAUCCUUCAGCCAGAAAUCAAAUCUCAUUGAUCAUGAAAAAAUUCAUACUGGAGAGAAACCUUAUGAAUGUAAUGAAUGUGGAAAAGCAUUCAGCCAGAAACAAAGCCUUAUUGCACAUCAGAAAGUUCAUACUGGGGAGAAACCUUAUGCAUGUAAUGAAUGUGGUAAGGCAUUUCCUCGAAUUGCAUCCCUUGCUCUUCAUAUGAGAAGUCAUACAGGGGAAAAACCUUAUAAAUGUGAUAAAUGUGGCAAAGCCUUCUCUCAGUUUUCCAUGCUUAUUAUACAUGUUCGAAUUCAUACAGGUGAGAAACCUUAUGAAUGUAAUGAAUGUGGAAAAGCCUUCUCUCAAAGCUCAGCCCUUACUGUACAUUUGAGAAGUCACACUGGUGAGAAACCCUACGAAUGUAACGAAUGUAGAAAAGCCUUCAGCCAUAAGAAAAACUUCAUUACACACCAGAAAAUUCAUACUAGAGAGAAACCUUAUGAAUGUAAUGAAUGUGGGAAGGCUUUCAUUCAAAUGUCAAAUCUUGUUAGACACCAGAGAAUUCAUACUGGGGAAAAACCCUAUAUAUGUAAGGAAUGUGGAAAAGCCUUUAGCCAGAAAUCAAAUCUCAUUGCUCAUGAAAAAAUUCAUUCUGGAGAAAAACCCUAUGAAUGCAAUGAAUGUGGUAAAGCCUUCAGCCAAAAGCAAAAUUUUAUUACACAUCAGAAAGUUCAUACUGGAGAGAAACCUUAUGAUUGUAAUGAGUGUGGUAAAGCCUUCUCUCAAAUUGCAUCCCUUACUCUUCAUUUGAGAAGUCACACAGGGGAAAAGCCUUAUGAAUGUGAUAAAUGUGGAAAAGCCUUCUCUCAGUGCUCACUGCUUAAUUUACAUAUGAGAAGUCAUACAGGUGAGAAGCCCUAUGUAUGUAAUGAAUGUGGAAAAGCCUUCUCUCAAAGAACUUCCCUUAUUGUGCACAUGAGAGGUCAUACAGGUGAGAAACCCUAUGAAUGUAAUAAAUGUGGAAAAGCCUUCUCUCAAAGCUCAUCCCUUACUAUACAUAUACGAGGCCAUACAGGUGAGAAACCCUUUGACUGUACUAAGUGUGGAAAAGCAUUCUCUCAAAUCUCAUCUCUUACACUGCAUAUGAGAAAACAUACAGGUGAAAAGCCUUAUCACUGUAAUGAGUGUGGCAAGGCUUUCAGCCAAAAAUCACACCUUGUUAGACACCAGAGAAUUCAUACUCAUUAGAAAUUAUGUGACUAUUGUGAAUAUGAGAAAGCCUUUGGAAGGGAUUAACACCUCAUUGCACAUUACACAAAUGGUUCUAGAGCAGAAAACCAUGAAUGUCAGAAAGCUGUCUGAAGAAGUCACAAACUUUCAAAACAGAAUUCUUAUCAGGUUGACAAAUUGCGUAAUGAAAAAGCUGAUUAUCUAAAACCUUAAGCAGACAUUUAACUUAUCCAUAAUAUUUAAUAGGAAUUCUCAUUAAAAUCUGAAACAAGAUAUCUGCUAUCAGCAUAUCAACAUAAUACUUGAACUCCCAGCCAAUGUCUUAAGUAAGAAAGAGAAGACUGGGAAAAAAGAGGAACUCUUAAAAUAACCUUCUAUAUAAGAAAUAGUUAAUUCAAAAAUGUGUAGAUAGAAAAUAUCUAAGAAUAAUGAUCUAAGAUCACAAUGAUUUAUGAGACAUAUAAAUAAAAUUAUAAAUCAUCUUGAAGGGCACAGAAGAACAUUAUGUCCCAAAAGACUUGACUUUGUAAAAAUCUAAGUUCUCUCCCAAAUCUAUAAGUUUAAUCUACUUACUCUUAAAAUUUAUAUAAGUUAUAUUUUAAGGGACUUCACAAACUGAUUUAUAAAUUUUAUAUGGAAAAGUAGAAGACACAAAUAGCUAAAACAUUUGAAAAAGCAAAACAAAUAGGGAAGACACUCUAUUAUAUAUCAUCAUAUACUUAUUUAAAGAUGUCAUUUAAACUUAUUGAGAGAAUAAAUUAAUCAGUAGAAACAAUAAAUAUUGAAUAUUGAUACAAAAAUCAAAGAAGAUAUGGGAAUGUUGUGUGUGAUAAUGCUAUUGAAGUAAUUGUGGAAUUAAUGGCAUAUUCAAUAAAUGAAAGGUCCAUAUGAGAAAAAAGUUAGUUGUCUACCUUACACCAUAUACAAAAAUAAGACGCAAAUAUAUUGAUGACCAGAGUAUCAAAAGCAAAAUUCUCACACUAUUAUGAAAAUAGUAUAUAUUUAUUAGAGUAACAGAUUUUCUUAAAAACACAUAAAUGUGGAACAAUCGAUUCUAUUGUGUUUUGGCCUCAUAGGCACCCACAUAUGUGUGCAAAGAGAUAUAUGUAACUGUUCACUGCAUCAUGGUUUGUCUAAGUUGGAUGUAACAAAUUUCCAUCAAUAGAGGCAUAGAUCAAUAUAAUGUGAUUUUGUUCUCUGAUAGAAUACAGUAUUUAGAAAACAAAAUUUACAUACUGUUACAUGGAUAGAUCGCAUCAUAUAAUACUGAGAGAAAAACAAUGCACAAUGAAAUAUUGUAUAGCAUUUGUAUAAUUUAAUAAGAUGGUACAAAGAACAGUAUGAUGUAUUGGACAUCCAUAUAUGACAUUGGUUGCCUUUUGGGAUGCUGGAAAGAUUUGCUGAGAGUUGUUAUAUUUACCUGUAAUAUUUAUUUAAUAAAAAAAGAAAGCAAAUAUGACAAUGGUGAUAAUUCUGGUUGUCAAAAUUAUAUUGGUUUUUCAAAAUCCUUUCUUGCCUACAUUUAUUUUACUAGUUUCUCUAAAAUAAGAAUCAAGUGGUUAGGGAAACCUGGGGGGUUGGGGAAAGCCACAAUUUAAAAAUGCAUACUUAUUCUUGAUUGAUAAUAACAUUUAUAAAAUAAAUUCUCUUUACCAUACACAAAACAAGCCUGACAAGGUAUUAUUUUUUUUUUUUUACCUUCUCUUCAAAAUGUUAAUUGGGAUAAUGAAAAUAAGUACAUAGCAUUUGUUUUAGGCCAACUUUCAAAUUUUUAAAUAAUUUUUAUCUUAAACACAAGUUUUUCCCCUAGUUGAAAGCAGUGGGGAAAAAGAAUUAUUUAUUUGUUGGGAUAAUUGACUCUCCACUUAGAAAAAAAAUCAGCCUACAUUUGGAUUGGUUUUCAGGUGAGGGAAAGAAAACAUUCAUAUACAUUGUGAAAUGUGGUUAGCAGUCUUAAUAUGUCAAGCCAAGGAUAGUUACCAGCAUUAGAGUGGGGGCAAUUUAAAUCUAACA